UAUAAGGUGAACCUGCAUAAUCGCGCAAGUGAAACUUGCUGAAUGAAAAUAUGGUCUGCAAAAUCGAUUAGAAUAUAUCAGUUGUUGGAAUAGCUUACAUUUCGAAAUCCUGAUAUCCAGUUUCAACUGAUACGAUUUAUCUCGGCCAAAAUAUAAAUAUAAGCCGUACGCCGUAUAUUUUGUCUGUAAAAAGCGCAGCAUUUUAAAUACAUACAGGUGUACAUCCUGUCACUGCGACUUCUGUCUGAUGGGUCAAACUGUGCGCAGAAACUUAUUGGCUAGUACAGUUAAGAUGGGGCUUCUGGCUUCAAGAGCAAAUAGGUACAAAAACGUGCGCUUAAAACACAUUAAGGACUAUUAUUAAAACCACAAACACGAGAUAAUGUGAAAGUAAUAGCUGAAACGCCUAAUUGUUGAAUAUCAAAAAUUAGCACUGGAAAAUGCGAGUUACAUAGCCGAAAAUUAGUUUCUGGCAGGCCUAUUUAAAUUACAUUAAAAAUAGGCAACGGGUCCCGUUAAAGGAAUGCAUUGAUUUCAUAUUCCCCACAAUUUAGCAUUUCAGAAUAAAACAAUGUCCCGAUCGUAAGGUACAGUGAGACACUCGUAUGAAAGCUUAUGAGCGAAUGGUAGUGUGAAGAAGUGGGAGCCGAGUGAUGAUCGUACCUGAAGCCGCGCUCAGGUUUCAUUCCUGGCAUCGCCUGCGUCAGAGACAGCUGCCCUGGGACGCAGAGCGCCUCGGAGAGAGCGGGACGCCAGCUUCUGGGCUGAAGACUUAACAGGCUAUUAUUUGCUUUCUUUGGAAAUAUACGUUUACUGUUUAAGCUUGUUGUAGUAAAAUCCUGGAGUGGCGUGAGUUCUUCGCAAUGCGAAGAUGGCCGGCCUUCUCAAUAAUGCUGAUGUCUUCCGCCCCUUCACCACGGAGUCCCUGGCUGAGAUUGAGAAGCGGAUCGCGGAAAAGGAGCAAGCACCGCCUCCAGAGGAGUCUGAGGAAGAGACAGUUGGGCCCAGCAGGGACCUGGAGGCUGGCAAGAGCCUGCCCAUGAUCUAUGGAGAAACACCACCAGAGUUUAUGAAUAUUCCCCUGGAAGAUAUGGACGACUACUAUAGCACACAGAGAACCUUCAUUGUCAUCAGCAGAGGGAAUGUAAUCAACAGGUUCAAUGCUGAACCAGCCUUGUACAUGCUGAGCCCGUUGAGUAUUGUUAGGAGAGUAGCCAUCAGAAUUCUUAUACAUUCGGCUUUCACCAUGGUCAUCAUGGCAACCAUUAUAACCAACUGUGUGUUCAUGACGCUGAGCGACCCACCACCGUGGAGUAAAGACGUGGAGUAUGUGUUCACUGGUAUUUAUACCUUUGAGGCGACAGUUAAAGUGCUGUCAAGAGGUUUUUGUGUUGGUGACUUUACAUUCCUUCGAGACGCAUGGAACUGGCUGGACUUCAUUGUGAUUAGCAUGGCGUAUAUCACUGAGUUUGUCGAUCUGGGCAAUGUGUCAGCUCUAAGGGCGUUCCGUGUGCUCCGAGCCCUUAAAACAAUCACUGCAGUUCCUGGUUUGAAAACCAUUGUGGGAGCACUGAUCGAGUCAGUGAAGAAAAUGGUGGACGUGAUGUCCCUGACAGUGUUCGCCCUCGCUAUUUUCGCCCUCAUCGCUCUGCAGCUGUUCAUGGGAAACCUACGCCAGAAAUGCAUUUAUUGGCCCCUCCCCAACAGUACCUUCGAUAAUACUUCCUUUGACUUUCUAGAGUACAUCAAUGACGCAGAAAAUCAGUACUUUUUGGAUGGUGCCACAGAUGCUCUACUCUGUGGAAAUACUUCUGAUGCUGGGAAGUGUCCAGAAGGGUACACAUGCAUAAAAGCUGGGAGGAACCCCAAUUACGGAUACACUACAUAUGACACCUUCGGCUGGGCAUUCCUAUGUUCCUUCCGCCUCAUGACACAGGACUACUGGGAGAACCUUUUCCAAAUGACGCUGCGUGCUGCAGGGAAGACUUACAUGCUCUUCUUUGUGAUCGUCAUAUUCUUGGGGUCCUUCUACCUCAUUAACCUGAUCUUGGCUGUGGUGGCCAUGGCCUAUGAUGAACAGAAUCAGGCCACCUUGGACGAAGCCAGGGAAAAGGAAGAGGAGUAUGAAAGGCUUAUGGAGCAGCUCAAGAAUCAGGAGAGCCAGCUGCAAAACAGCAAGAUAUCACUAGCCAGCAAAAAAUCCAAUAAAACAGAUGGUACCUCAGAACAUGGCUUUGCUGAUGAUGAGUGCAGUGCUGCAGAUGACGGUGGAGUUGCAAAGAGCUGCAAUGGCAGAGUUAUGUCCAGGCAGAUCCUCAACAAUAUCUCAACUAGUAAGGAGUUUCUUGACGGCAAGGACAAAGAGGAGAAAUGCUCCAAGGGAUCUGUGCCCAGCGUCCUGUACCUCGAGGACCAAGCACAGAAGAAAAUAACCGGCAGCACUCUGAGCGUCCUCACCGGCGCGAUAGAAGAACUUGAAGAAGCUGAGCGACCUUGCCCGCCAGGAUGGUACAAGUUUGCUGACAUUUUCCUGAAAUGGAAUUGCUGUAAACCAUGGGUGAUCUUUAAGACAUGGAUGAACAUAAUAGUGACGGACCCAUUUGUGGACCUGGGCAUUACUAUCUGUAUUGUCCUGAACACCCUAUUUAUGGCUAUGGAACACUAUCCUAUGACUCCACAUUUUGAGCACGUACUCACUGUGGGAAACCUGGUUUUCUCAGGGAUAUUUGCUGGUGAAAUGGUCUUAAAAAUUAUCGCCAUGGACCCCUACUACUACUUCCAGGUUGGAUGGAACGUGUUUGACAGCAUCAUUGUUACCAUGAGUUUGGUGGAGAUGAUGCUCGCUGAUGUUGAGGGUCUGUCGGUUCUACGGUCCUUUCGUUUGCUACGUGUCUUCAAGCUUGCCAAAUCAUGGCCCACCCUCAACAUGCUGCUAACGAUCAUUGGAAAUUCAGUGGGUGCUCUGGGGAACCUCACCGUGGUGCUGGCCAUCAUCGUUUUCAUCUUCGCUGUGGUUGGAAUGCAACUGUUUGCCAAAAACUACAAGGACUGCGUCUGUAAGAUUGCUGAGGACUGCGAGCUGCCCCGGUGGCACAUGCAUGACUUCUUCCACUCUUUCCUCAUCGUGUUCCGCAUCCUCUGUGGAGAGUGGAUUGAGACCAUGUGGGAUUGCAUGGAAGUGGCCGACCAAACCAUGUGUUUGGUCCUCUUCUUGAUGGUCAUGAUAAUUGGAAACCUGGUGGUUCUGAACCUUUUCCUGGCCUUGCUGCUUAGCUCAUUCAGCGGGGACAAUCUGCAAAUGGAUGACGACGGUGAGCUGAACAAUCUGCAGCUUUCCGCACUCAGGAUUACCAGAGCCAUUGAUUGGGUGAAGGCCUUAAUUAGAGGGCUGAUCUGGAAGAUACUGGGCAAGCAGCCAAAAGACGACAGUGUUUUAGAGGAGGCCGAUGGGGAAAACCGCAGCAAGGACUCUUUCAACAUGAAUAACAUAACCAGGGAGGAGCCUAAGACAGACUUCAGAGUGCUGGAUGGUUUAUCUCACUGGGCGGAUGAUGUCCACCCCAGUGGGUUCCUCCUCAGUUCUGACUUCACCUUCACCGUACCCAUUGCCCAGGAAGAGUCUGAUUUAGAAAUGCUUGAUACUGAUGGGGAGGAUUUCAGCACUGAUGAGGAACUAGGAGAAGAUGAAAAUCCUGGCUCCAAAAAGCGGUUUGGUGCCCCGGAUGGCGUGUCUGAGUGCAGCACGGUGGACUACAUUCCCCCUCCACCACCGCCAAAUCCAGAUGAAGAGGAGGAACCAGAGCCCGUGGAGCCUGAGGCUUGUUACACUGACAACUGCCUUAGACGGUGUCCUUGUCUGGUGCUGGACACCUCAGAGGGCAGAGGAAAGACCUGGUGGAACCUCAGGAGAACCUGCUACACCAUUGUGGAGCAUGACUACUUCGAGACCUUCAUAAUCUUUAUGAUCCUGCUCAGCAGUGGUGCCUUGGCCUUUGAGGACAUAUAUCUCGAAAGACGCAGAACAAUAAAAAUCAUGCUGGAAUUUGCAGAUAAAGUCUUCAGCUAUAUAUUUGUCAUUGAGAUGCUCCUUAAGUGGGUGGCUUAUGGUUACAAAGUGUAUUUUACCAACACCUGGUGCUGGCUGGACUUCUUGAUUGUUGAUGUUUCCUUGGUCAGUUUGGCAGCAAGCAUAAUGGGCUAUUCUGAACUAGGACCCAUCAAAUCUUUGAGAACUCUUAGGGCUCUGAGACCUCUAAGAGCCCUGUCCCGGUUUGAGGGAAUGCGGGUUGUGGUAAACGCCCUGGUGGGCGCUGUCCCCGCCAUCUUCAAUGUGAUGCUGGUGUGUCUUAUCUUCUGGCUCAUCUUCAGCAUCAUGGGGGUUAACCUUUUUGCCGGGACAUUCUACCACUGCCUCAACACCACAACUGGGGUGAUGUUCACCAUUGACGUUGUAAACAACUAUAGUGAGUGUAUGGCCCUCAUGCACACAAAUGAGGUGCGCUGGGCCAACGUCAGGGUCAACUAUGACAACGUUGGCAUGGGUUACCUGUCUCUGUUGCAAGUGUCAACAUUCAAAGGCUGGAUGGAAAUUAUGUAUGCGGCUGUCGACUCACGUAAGGUGGGUCAGCAGCCCUCAUAUGAGGCCAACCUGUACAUGUAUGUGUACUUUGUCAUCUUCAUCAUCUUUGGGUCCUUCUUUACACUCAACCUCUUCAUUGGUGUCAUCAUUGACAACUUCAAUCAGCAAAAGAAUAAGAUGGGAGGAGAUUGCUUCAUGACUGAGGAGCAGAAGAAAUAUUACGACGCUAUGAAAAAACUUGGCAACAAGAAGCCAGCGAAGCCCAUUCCAAAACCAGCGGGCAAAAUACCAGGCCUGGUAUAUGACUUCAUCAGUCAGCAACCCUUUGACAUCUUUAUCAUGGUGCUGAUUUGCCUGAACAUGGUGACCAUGAUGGCGGAGGAAGAUGACCAAAGUCCAGAGAAGACAGACAUGCUGGCUAAAAUCAAUACGGUCUUCAUUGUGGUCUUCAGCAGCGAAUGUCUCCUGAAGAUGAUUGCACUGAGACAAUACUUCUUUACCAUUGGAUGGAAUGUUUUUGACUUCAUUGUGGUCAUUUUCUCCGUAGCAAGCAUGUUGGUGGCAGAUUUAAUUGAGAAGUACUUUGUUUCACCUACCCUCUUCCGUGUCGUCAGGCUGGCAAGAAUUGGACGAGUUUUGCGUCUAAUCAGGGGAGCUAAGGGUAUCCGGACACUGCUGUUUGCUUUAAUGAUGUCACUUCCUGCCCUCUUCAACAUUGGCCUCCUGCUUUUUCUGGUUAUGUUCAUCUUCUCCAUCUUCGGCAUGUCAAACUUUGCCUAUGUAAAAAAAGAGGGAGGAGUGGAUGAUAUGUUUAACUUUGAGACAUUUCCAAAUAGCAUGAUUUGCUUGUUUGAGAUCACCACCUCAGCUGGAUGGGAUGGGCUCUUGUUUCCCAUGCUGAAUAGUGGGCCCCCUGACUGUGACCCUGAAAUAAUAAACCCUGGUACUGAUGUCAAGGGGAACUGCGGCAGUCCAGGGAAGGCAAUAACGUUCUUCUGUAGCUAUAUCGUCAUAUCCUUCCUGGUUGUAGUGAACAUGUACAUCGCAAUCAUUUUGGAGAAUUUCAAUGUAGCCCAAGAAGAGAGUGGUGAUUUGCUGUGUGAGGAUGACUUUGACAUGUUCAAUGAGACUUGGGAGAAGUUUGACCUAGAGGCCACCCAGUUUAUAGACUAUAGCCAGCUCUCUGAAUUCUGUGAUACAUUGUUGGAUCCUCUGAAGAUUCCCCAACCCAACAAACUUAAACUGCUUUCAAUGAACUUUCCUAUUGUUCCUGGGGACAAAAUUCAUUGCUUGGAUGUCCUUCUUGCCCUCACAAUGGAGGUGUUGGGUGACACAACAGAAAUGGCUGCUAUGAAGAUGAGCAUAGAGGCUAAGUUUAUGCUCAACAAUCCAACUUCAGCAACUUGGUUGCCUAUCGCAACCACAUUACGGCAUAAGGAGGAGGCUAUAGCUGCUGUUGUGAUCCAGAAAGCCUAUCGCAGUCACCUAUUUAUGCGUUAUGUAAAGCAAGCAUCCUUCUUGUCCCGUUCAAAGAAAGGGAAGGUGAAAGCAGGUGAGGAACCACCAGAAAGAGCUGGAAUGAUAGCCAAGAAUAUGUAUGCACUGUUCGGAGGGCCACCCCCCUUAGAACCAGCCCCUGAUCAAAAGGAGCUUGCAGCUGCUGUAGAGGUCACUAGUGAGGUGGUGUUGCAGGCUGCACCAUCCCAAGAGACCUUCGCCUAUUCAGUCAAUCUCAGUCGUUAAGCUUUGUAACAAACAGAUACCUCUAUGUGUUGGCAGCAUACUUUUGUCUCCCAUUUGGAGGUUCAAGGAUAACGCAAGCAGGAGCUCUCUGGAGCACGACAAACACUAACAGGGCAGUCACUUUCAGAGGUUGCACAUAGAUGGUGUAACACAACCAGGGUGCAACAAGUAAUGUAAUUCAAUACCAGGAUAAACUGGUUUUGGAAUUUUGUUUUGCAUUUUGGUCAACUUUUAGCUGGAUUUCUUCUGCUCCACAGUAACAUCUCGAAGUCCAACACCACCAAUGUUUCUUAAUUUAAUUUUUUAUUAUUUUUAAAGAUUUUUAUUAAAAUUUUAUUUUUUAGACCACGGAGAUUAAAGAUACCAAACAACUCCAGUAAAAUACCCCAUCCUUGUUUUUACAUAUAAUGAUCCUCUAUAGAUAUACUCAAGAACCUUAAUUGUCACUGUUCCUUGAAUAGUUUCUGGUUCUGAACUAAAGAAGAUUCCAAAAACCAUCAAUGGGUAGCAAGUCAUACACGCCACACUGUAUUUUGUUUACUUUUUAUUCAUAAGCCCAGCUACUAGGAACUAUAGACUAACCCUGUCCAGUCUUUAUAUGAAAUGUGCUAUUUAGAACAUAUCAUAGCAUUUAACAAAAAUUUUUUGCUCAUUCUUCAUAAUUUUGAAUGGAUCAGGGACAACAGGAUGGGAUGUGAAUUUUAGUGGCACCUUCGGAAUACAGAUAUGUGGAUAACUAGAGCAGACAUUUAAAAGUAGCUAACAAAGAAACAGGGAAAAUUGGGAACUGAAAAUGAUCAAAAUAUUUCUCGCCUUGCCACCCUUACUUAACAGUUAAGAUUAACAUUAACAGUUUAUCGCUGGUGGGCAGUGGGGCUUGUCCCCUCCCCAGAAACAUCUGCGUCCAAUUUCAUAUCACGCACCAAGGUAAUUAACAUAAGUUCAUAAAGAUUCAUAUGCAUUUGCAGACCACCAUUAUGAAGACAUUACAGAACUAUUGUUUUUAAUUUAUCCAGUACAGAGAGCCGUGAAAGGGUUGUGAAUUUGUUGAAACCUAAAGUAGUUUUCUUGUGAAAUGAACCUGUUGAUAUCUAUAACUGAGAAAUGUAAGUACUAAAUACCUCUAUGUAUCUAUUAAUGUUUUUUAAAUUAUCGAUAAUCAUCUAUUCCAAUAUUUAACCCAUAGGUCAUUGAUUAUUUUACACAUAUUUUUUACAGGGAAAUUUUUCAAUUAUUAGAUUGUUAGAGAUUAUUACCUUAUUCAUUAAAGGGAAUUAUAGACAGUCAUUACAUUUAAAUGCAUUCAGUUAAAUAUUUACAAAUAUACAUUAUAUUUUUACCCUUAAUUUUUUGUCUAUGAACAGCAUUGCCAGCGUUAUAAUGUUGUAUAAAAUUAAUCUACUGCUCUAAUCUGAAUAGUGGAAUAUUCAAUUUACUGUCUAAUUUAGUAAGAUGAAUGAAACUACACACCAUCAUAACAUAAAGUCCCUGAAAGAGCAAGUCAUGUAAAAUGAGGCCAGUGGGCCAUGAGGACAUCACGUAUCAUGGGCUAAAAAACACAGCCUGGCUGCUCGUUCACUUCUCAACUUCUUUGACUAUAUAUAUCGUGAAAGUUCCUGACCAUGCAGAUGACUGCUUCAUCCCAAAAGCCCCUUAACUGUGAAAGACUUUCAUAACACUUUCUGUUUGGGUCUGGCCUGCGUUCAGUAGCUUUGUCUCAGUAGAAGCUGUUCGUUUUAAUCUAAAACCUGCCUGCCACAAAAAGAAAACGCUAAAACCAAAAAAGGUUUCCCAAAGUGGUCAAAUAAAAUUAUUAUUUUGUUUUGUGUUUAUUUGAGUGAUAUAUUCCUUGUGAUGAUCCCCAAUUUAAGGUUGAAACUUUGUUUAUAUUGACCGAAUGUAUGUGUUGUCCACCGGUGUGUCCACCUGUAGAUGCAGGACAUGUACUAGUAAACAGUACAGGUGUGACAAACUACAGGAUGAAUCUUCGUUGGAAAAAAAGUUGUAUACACUAUAAAUACAGUUUACAGCCUGUUACUGUGUCCACCAUGUUCAGUCCAUGUUGGAAUUUCGGACAAUAUGUUGUACUAGUAUUUUCAGUGAUAUUUGGUGAUGUUCAAAUAUCAGUUGCGUCAUUUUUAAACAGUAACAGCAAAUGUUUGAAAACUGUAUUCACUACAAGCUGUGCUUUAAGCCUUAAAUUAGAAUGUUUUGCAUUUACUAAUAUAUACUUUAAUAAAAGAAGCACUUUUGGCAGAUUUUUCUGUACUACCCUGUUGAUAGAAUGCGUCUUACUUUUUAUUUUAAUGUUAAAGUACAAGUUACUCCCGAAAAAGAAAAGCAGGUUUAAGCAUGACUGAGUAUGACACUGCGAUGCAUGUUCAGUUCAGCCCUAAUCUGUGGGCCUGUUGCACCAGUAAAGACAGCGAAUGCAACCUUGACACUUCUCAGCUAUAGUACACCUGGACAAUCGAAGCCUGAAUAUCAUGUGUUCUGGCCGCCAUCUUUCACGUAGCAACAAACGUGUACAUUAUAUAAAUAGUAUUUGAUGUUGCUUACAGUUGUAAUGGACUGAAGAUUGCUUUCAAAUCCCCGAAGUGUGUGGGAUUAUCCUUGUCUGUACAUACUCUUUGCUCAGCACUAAAAAGGUUUUUCGUUUGUAAUACCCAUAUAAAACAUUGAGAAUGUCGCAUGUAAACAUGUUGUGUGAAUGAAGCAUUUUAUGUGGAAUACUUACAAGGCAGAUAUAUGUAUAUGUCUGAAAUAUGCCCUUUGUACAACAAUUACUGUAAUUAGUUUUUCCCUGCCUUGUAUUACUGUGCCAUUUCAGAAGUGCAUGAUGGUGUGUGAAUGACAUAUUAGACUGAUUUGUUUUCUUGUUAUAAAAAUGCUUUAAAAUCAAA